CUAGCACAGUUAGUUGGCGUGUGAAAACCCAAAAGUUCUUUAUUAAUAUAAGCUUUCUGAUUUAAAAAAUGCCAAUAAUUGUCUUCUCUUGAUUGUCUUAAAUUUUACAUAUUAAGUAGAACAGUAGUUUUAUUUUUUAUAUAGAAACAAGUGAUUAAUUAUUUUCCUAGAUUUAUUAGAAUAAUAAUAAAGAUUUUUAAAUUUUAGGAACGCGUAAUCAUCCCAAACUUUCUUACUUGGUUGGGGAACCAACCAGAAAUUGUAUCGAUAUAUCGAACAUUUAAAAUAUGGAAAACCAAAAAAUAACGUAUGCAUAUUCUAGUGCGCCCGCUACAUAUCCCUUAACUCACGCCCAAAAAAUGUUUUGAAAUAUAAAAUCACUUGAAUUUUUAGGAAAUUUACAAACCUUUAAGAAACCUAUUGGAUAAUUUAAGUAUUUAUAUUAUUUUAACUUAUACCACAAUAUUGCUGAAAUACCAAACAAGUAUUUUUUUUGAAAGCCACAUUUUGUGAUCCACAUGGGAAAAUAGUUUGUUUAUUUUUUGAUUUAAUUAAAAAGUCAGUUAUUUAAUAUGUUAAAAGUGACGCAGACCAAGAAUAGCCUGCUCGAUGGUGCUGUCGUAGCGGACGAGCUCUACACAACGCCACAAGAUGGAAAGGAUUUCUUCGAGAGUUUGGACAAGUCGGCAAAGGAACCUACAAAACUGGCACCAAGAAACACCUUCAUUCGUGCUGGCGUUUUAACCACCGUGAGGGGUUCUGCGUACAUGGAAUAUGGAAACACCAAAGUUCUGGCCAUUGUGGCUCCGCCAAAAGAGCUAAUCCGCGCCAGCGCCCGACGGAUGAACAUGGGAGUGCUGAAUUGCUAUGUGAACUUUGCUGCGUUUGCCACAGGGGAUCUGGAGUCCGUGCCAGAACGAGAACGGAAUCUAGCCAGUAUGCUAACCAAGGCCAUGGAGCCGGUAGUUUGCCGGACGGAGUUCCUCAACUUUCAGCUGGACAUACGUGUCCUUAUCCUAGACGAUGAUGGCUGCUUGCUCAGCACAGCCAUCAAUUGCUGUGGCGUUGCCUUGGUGGAAUGCGGUAUUUCCACCUACGAUUUGAUUACGGCCUCCACGGCUUGUAUAUAUCAAGAACACAUUUUCCUCAAUCCUAGUGCCAAGAUGGAGGAGCUUCUGUGGAAGCAUCGAGGAAAUAGCAGUAACACUAGCACCCCGUCUGACCAGGAGCACGGUCUUAUUAUCACAGCUAGCAUGGACACCUUUGAACAGAUUGCUCAGUGUCAACAGUGCGGAUAUCUAACCCCUGACACUUAUGUAAAACUGCUGGACUAUACGCUGGCCGUCAACAAGUCGCUAAGACAAAUAGUCAGAGGUGUCCUGACCAAGCGUGUCAAGGAGCAACAUGAACUGGAUUUGCGCGAAAAGGCGGAGAAUGCCCUAGAAGAUCAGCGGUUGGAAGGUAUUAUAGAGAAGCUGAAGACGCAAGGAUUAGAUGAGUUUAUACAGUCUAACAUUAAGGAAGAUCCCUAUGUUAAAAGGCAGUGAUUGAUUAUAAAAAAAAUAAAACAUAAUUAUAAAUGAUAA